AUGUCAUGCGACUCCUGCUACGGUGCAGCGCAGACCCAAAAGUCGCCAGCAGCAACGGCGACACACCUUUGCAUUAGCUCGUGGGUUUCGACGACUCUCAGGUUGAGGAUGCAGCCCGCAUAUUGGUGGGUGGAUAGCGGAGCAGACGUUGACGCAGCCGCAAAGCCCGUUAGCAUUGCGCAUGCGCCUCUCUGCAACUACGAGGCAGGGACUGCCUUGCACCGGGCCGUCGGAGGUGGCAAGUUCACGGCCGUCAGGGCACUUGUCAACCUUGGUGCCAACGCCGACGAUGUUGGUCAUCGGUCAGAUGAGCGAAGCCCCGUGUAUCUUGCGGCACAGUAUCACUACUCGGAUAUCGUCGACUUCCUGCUGCAGUCCCUUGGCGUGGACGAGCCAGCUACGAGGAGCAACGCCGGGGUCUCGCUCCCUGCCGUAGCGCUGCGCGGGGAAGUCUUGCCAUCUUUCAAUGUCGGGAUGAUGUCUUCCAAGUGCUCCUCGAUUCGCGGAGCAGACAUCUCGAUCAAAUAUGUCGACCAAAAUGGCCACGAGUUUCCCUAUCUCUACCAAUGCGCGGCCGCUGGCCACAACGAAGUUUACAUAGCUUCCGAGCUAGUGUCACGGGGCAUUUCGUUGAUGCACAUGCAGAGUAUUCAAAGGGACUCAUGGUUGAGACCUCAAGAGACGGGGUCGACCGCACUCCACGCCGUCGCAGCGGCCAGGAACUGCCGCCGAGAUGAGUGGAAAACGGGCGAGAUGUUGGAUCAGAAGGACAAUGAUUCUUGCAGCGCUCUCUGGGUCGCCGUCAGUAUGGCUAAUAAUCCGAUGUGUCAGCGCCAGUCAGAUGAAUGA